AUUGAAUUCAAUACAAAUAUUAUUUAUUGUUACAAAAUAUUUAAAAUUUAGUAAAAAAGCAAAUAUAAUUCAUAUAAUAAUCUUUAUAAGAAAGAAAAAAAACAACAUAGAUAAAUCAAACACAGAUAAAUGCAUCAAUAAGUCCCUUAGGCUGUACCUUAAGUCGUUUAUACAAACAAUCCUCAGUUCGUUAGUUCUCCAUAUCCUGGAUAAUAAAUUGAAUUACCUCCUAGUUUCCUUUAUACUUCUUAACCACCAAAUGGAGGUUAACUUGAAUACUUCCAACCUUCAUAAGUUAGUGCCUAGCAAUAGAAUAUUGAAGCUUAAUUGAGAAGCGGAAGUGUGUAGAUACCCUCUCAUUCUUCUACUCCUUACUUGAUUCCUGCUACUUCUACUCAUAAAAAAGAAUCAGUCACCAUCCGUGUAGAUGACUCUACUGAAAUGAUUCGUAUUUAAGCUUAAAGAAUUGCUCGUCUUGAAGAAAGAUGCGAUCUUUUAACCAGACAAUAUUAGCGUUAUGUUUCAGCUCUCUAAUAUAAGGAAUAAGAAAUACAACACUGGUAAGAGCGUUGCAAUAUUCUUCAAGCUCAUUUAGAAACUCCUUACAAAAGAAUUGAAGAGUUGUAGUAUGAGAAGAAUGAAGUUAAAAGAGAUCAAGAAAGAAUAAGUAAUGUUAUCCGUAGUGGUUUGGAGGAGUUUGAUGCUCUUACUGCCUUAAAGCAAUAGAAGUUAGCUGAUAUAAAAUUCUGGAAAGAAAGAGCUAAAAAGGCUGAAAAGACAUAAACUAUUAUCAUGUCUUUGGAACAUCGUAUUAAAAUGUUAUAAACAGAAAAUGAACGUCUUAAUCAACUAAUUGUUAAGGGAUCUAGAUACUCACCUCCUAUCUAAGCUCCUGUGUGGUAGAAUAAUUGA